CCUGUAUGGCCUUUCCAGAGUCUUCUCAACCUGAAGAUGGCAACUCUGAUCUUUAUUGAUCAGGAGAAUGAUGAAGUUGGAAAUACUAAGAAUCGGCUAAGACUCCCUUCAGGAUCUUCAAAAAUCUUAUCUGAAAGAACGCAAGUUAAGACUCCACUUCCCAAAAAAACAGUCAGUACGUCUCCAGCUGCACCUCGCUCUGUCAGGAAGGCUCUUGGAAAUGUGAAUAGAACUCAAGGAGUCACAAGCAAGUUGGAAAAGAUAAGACAGAAAAGUCAGCAUUGUGCUGCAAACAAAAAGACUGCAGGUUUAGAAAGCUGUGAUGCAGUGGCUGAAGAACAGUGGCCAGAAAUAGAAAACAUGUUUCCUUUUGAUCCUCGAGAUUUUGAGAGUUUUGACCUUCCUGAAGAGCACAAACUAAGCAAUAUCAACCUGCAUGGUGUUCCCCUCAUGGUAUUUGAAAGGACAUAUGAAAGAUGUGUGAACAUGGUUCCUUCACCUGUGAAGAUUGAAGAGGUUUCAUGGGAGUCUAACUUGCUGCAAUCAACUGCCGACUUCCUUGAUACCCUGGAUGAGAUCAUUGACAUGCCACCUCCGAAUUAUGACAUUUAAUCCAUAUUCUGAAGCUUCUAUUGAGUUCAAAUUUCAUAGUUCUGUAUUUUUAAAUAAAAGUUAAUCUAACCUGUAUAAUACUAGAUUUGUCUCUUUUAAAGAGACCCAAGAUGUAGAUAGUACAGCAGUGCUUUGAAAAAGAAGACUUAAAGCAGAGCAGGUGAGCUUCAAAGCAAGAGUACGAUACACUGUUGUCCACUGUAUCUGGAAGUUAGUAUGUGCUGAUUAGACUACAUGGUCAUGAUAGGUUGAAGCCCUUCUGAACUAUUUAGAUAACUUUAUUAAAUACACAUUAGUUUUAAACAA